AUGCGCCUCCUUGCCACCGACACCGGGCUCAUGUCCGAGUUCGCGGACCCGACCGAAGUCAAGUACGCCAUCCUCUCCCACGUUUGGGCCAGGAAGACAAGCGACAACGACACGUCCUACGAGCCAGAACUCACCUAUGACGACUACACCCGCCUUCGCGCCGAGCAUGGCGACGAACUCCUCUUCGACAAACUCCCUCCGAAAGUACGACACUCUUGCGAAGUCGCCAAACGCCACGGCAUCUCCUUCAUCUGGAUCGACACCUGCUGUAUCAACAAGUCAAACAGCUCCGAGCUUUCGGAGGCGAUCAACUCCAUGUAUCGGUGGUACAGCCUCGCCCAAGUCUGCUACGCCUAUCUCUACGACGUGGGCCACGCCAAGACCAAGUUCCACGACAGCGAAUGGUUCAAACGCGGAUGGACGCUGCAAGAACUCAUUGCGCCCCCCGAAGUCCUCUUCUUUGACAGCGACUGGAAGAUCAUCGGCUCGCGCUACGAGCUCUCGGACGAAAUCCGGUCUAUCACCAACAUAGACCGCGCGGUCCUCCGGAAGGAGCGCCAGAUCUCUGACGUCUGCGUCGCUCAGCGCAUGUCUUGGGCGGCAUCCCGGAAGACGACACGCGAGGAGGACAUGGCGUACUGCUUGAUAGGGAUCUUCGAUCGCGACUACGCCUUCAUCCGGCUCCAAGAGGCCAUCCUCGCGAAGAUACCCGAUCAGAGCAUCCUGGCUUGGGGUCCGAACCAAUACGACAAGGGGCUCACGCUCAAAAGGCCCUCCUUAUGCGCUCCUUCGCCGAAUGUGUCUGUCAGGCAUAGCCGUCAGUCCUUCCUCCUCGCUCGAUCUCCCGCGGACUUCGCGAACUGCCACGAAACCGUCAACAUCACUUCCGACACGCUCGCCCACGCUCUCGGCUGGCCCAAUGGCAUUCCCUACGCUCGCUUCACAGUGACCGCGAACGGAAUCCACGGCCACCUCCCUCUGAUACCCUGCUACGAUCGCUCGGGAGCCCAGCAUUGUCUCGCCAUCCUCACCUGCCGGGUGCCUCUACCGCGGAGAAAAGAAAGCCAGGGGCGCCCACAGGAAGUCUUAUGCUUGGUUCUCCGUUCGCAUGGCGAAGCGCGAUCGAGCAAGAGCACGGAGAUGUUUGUAGGACUCGUGUCCAUGGCUGAGAGGUGGCAGAUGGACGACCGGGUUCCCAUGAAGGCCGCGCUCGACAACAUGGCGAGCUAUUUCCGCCUGGCAACGCUUCCUCUUGAAAGCCUCAAAAAGUUUCGCGAUGACGCUAAGGUCGAGUCCAUCUACAUCCACCAUCUCCUAUCCGCCGGUCACCACGAUCAGGACGGCCCCGAGUCCGCCUUCCUCAUCCAGACGCUUGCACGAGAAGGCUCGGACGAUCCCAAGUUCGAGCUGACCACAUGGUGCUCGGAGGUUCUCAACAAGCAGGGCUUCGCCGUCAGACAACAUCGCGCUAAGAAGAUCACGAUUUCCGACGAGACGUCGAAGCCGGAAGAGCUCACCAAGCACGGCUUCGCCGUCAGCCUCCGACCUGACGCUGGGCAGACGGCCACGAUUUCCGACGACGCGUCGAAGCCGGACGAGCUCACCAUCGAGCUCACCCGCUGCGACUCCUGCGCGAGCCAUCGGUACUGCAUCCUUCCCCGCUCCAACAGCAGCGACCCAGUGUCUCCGCCGCAGUACUGGUCCUGGGAUACCGCCGCAGAUUACGGCGAUGCCGGCUCGCGCACGAACUCGAACUGCUCCAGCUACCACAUCUACUCGUGGGGCAUCAAGGACGGCGUCGCGCACCGCUCGUUCAAGCCCCCGAGCCGACGGUCCGCCGGCGGGAUCGAGCACAUCAGCAUCUGGAUCAAGCACGUCCCGCAUCUCGAUCGCUUCGUCGUUGACCUCAAGGUUGUCCGGUUCCGGCCUGACGAGUCGGCGUCCCAGCCAACGCGACCCGCGGAGGACUUCCCGCUCUGGCCGCCGGCGGCGCCUUCGUCCUCGCCUGCCUCGGAAAGACCUCCUGCCCGGGGCCGCACCCUCCUCUACGUCGACACGCGCGAGCCCCCGAGGAAGCCCGGAGGUGGCCGCUCGCACUCGUUGGCGCCAGCAGCGAUGAUCCCGCGCCCCUCGGGGAGUCAACGGUCGCUGCCGAAGCGGGAACGCCCGCAAUCCGCUGCGCUGCAAUCUUCUUCACAUCAGCCGUCGCGGUGGCUUUUAGCGCCGAACUUUGAUGACCAGCUGUCUCCCGUCGUCGACGAGCCGGAGACCUCCACUGAACUAAGUCCUCGAACGCCAGCCACGGGGGCCAUCCCGGAUACGAGAGAGUCUAGAACGGCUUCGUGGACUGAGCUUGCAGUUUCCGGUUUGCCUCCGGAUCGCGGAGCGCUACCCGUGGUUGGUGCGAAGAACAACGAACUCAAGCAGCGUCGCACUGCCAAUGAUGCUGCAAGUCGAGACCCCGAGAAGCCCUCGACUCUUCGACCUACUCGAGAGACUCCCGACGUAAAGCAGCCAGCAGUGCCGAUUGGCAACGCAGACAUGCACCCCGUUCAAAACAGUUCCGCUGGUAUUAGACCGUUUGAUUGGAUGAUGGCGGUGAUGAUGAUAUCUACGGUGACGCUUCUUGUACUACGUCCUCCGUCCGUACACUAG